GCGGGUCUCAGCGAGCCAUCGGGACCCUACCGGCCCUACAACCGGUGGCUGAGGUGCCAGCUCUCCCGAAAUAGCCGCGGGGGAGCCGCUGAAACCCAGCCCCACGGCGGUAACCGGAGAGUCGAAGCCGCUCGGGCGCCCGGACCCUGGGACCUGGCCACCCGCAACACAGACUUAACCGGUCCCCGAGUGUGGUGUUGUGGGGGGUCCCAGUUCCUGUGUAGGCCAACACCUUUCCUGGACCAGCAGAAGCCCAGAGGGGCUGCAGCCUUCCCAUGGAGGAGCAGGCAGAAUGUGCCUCGGUGACAUAGGUGUCCUGGUGAAAAUACGGAGGAUGACACCUGUGUCCUUGAGGACCUGAAGUCUGGACUCUGUUGAUCUGACUGCCUGCUGAUGAUGGUCUACAAGGACAAAUGUGAACGCUCCAAGGGCCUUCGGGAGCGCAGCAGCCUUACCCUGGAGGACAUCUGUGGCCUGGAGCCUGGCCUGCCCUAUGAGGGCCUGGCCCACACUCUGGCCAUCAUCUGCCUGUCUCAGGCUGUUAUGCUGGGCUUCGAUAGCCAUGAGGCCAUGUGUGCCUGGGAUACCCGUAUCCGCUACGCACUGGGCGAGGUGCACAGGUUCCAUGUGACAGUAGCUCCUGGUACCAAACUGGAGAGUGGCCCAGCCACUCUCCACCUCUGCAAUGACAUCCUGGUCCUGGCCAGAGACAUCCCUCCAACCGUCACGGGGCAGUGGAAGCUGUCCGACCUCCGGCGUUACGGGGCUGUUCCGAAUGGAUUCAUCUUCGAAGGCGGGACCAGGUGUGGGUACUGGGCUGGAGUCUUCUUCUUGUCAUCAGCUGAGGGAGAGCAGAUGAGCUUCCUGUUUGACUGCAUUGUCCGAGGCAUCUCCCCAACCAAAGGCCCGUUUGGGCUUCGGCCAGUUCUCCCAGACCCGAGUUCUGGGGGACCCUCAGCCUCAGAAGAGCGUGUUGCCCAGGAAGCCCUGGAAGCCCUGCAGCUAGAGAAGAGGCUCAGCCUGCUUUCACACUCUGGCCGGCCAGGCAGUGGAGGGGAUGACAGAAGCCUAUCCAGUUCCUCUUCUGAGGCUAGCCACUCGGACAUCAGCGCCAGCAGCAGGCUCACUGCGUGGCCGGAGCAGUCCUCGUCCUCAGCUGGCACAUCACAAGAAGGACCAGGGCUGGUGGCUGCCCAGGGCCCAGGAGAAGCCAUGCUGGGAGCCUCAAGGCCACCCCUCAAGCCACUGCGGCCUCGGCAGUUACAGGAGGUUGGCCGCCAGAGCUCCUCUGACAGUGGCAUUGCCACAGGCAGCCACUCCUCCUACUCUGGCAGCUUCUCCUCCUAUGCCGGCAGCAACCUGGACGUGUGGCGGGCCGGUGAGGAAUUCGGUUCUCUGCUCAGCCUGCCCCCUGGAGCCAGCGCACCUGAGCCCAGACUGUGUGCCUGCCCACCUGGGGCGGCCGAGUACCAGGUGCCCACGUCACUGCGACACCACUAUGACACACCUCGAAGCCUGCGCCAGGCCCCCAGAGACCCAAGUCCAGCUUCUCAGGGCAGCUCUGACCAUGGUUCGGCCACAGACUUGGGUGGUCAGACGCCCACUGGGUGUCCCUCCAGUUGGCUGGGAGCUCGCCGACGGGGACAGGCAACGGAAGGCCCAGGCAGUGACGCUGUGCUGCCGGGUCCAUCCCCUGGCGAGUCCUGGGAAGCAGGCAGCCCCCAUGCAGGGCCGCCUCCAGCUUUCUUUUUGUCAUGUUCAAUCUGUGGCGGACUCAAGGUCAUGGCUACUUCAUCCCCUGGAUUCACUGUGACGCAUCCAGGAUCUCCAGGGCGGGUGGCUGCUGACAGCCCCGGGCCUGAGCGACCACACAGUGAGAUGCCCACGUAUGUGAAUAUCCCCAUCAGCCCCACCUCCAGACCGCAGCUGCACUACAUGGACUUGGAGCUACCGGGGGCCAGUGCGGGUGUGCGAGGGGCCAGCACCUCCCGCUAUGCCCAGAUCGACAUCGCAGCUACAGAGACAGCACAUCGCGUCGGGGUCCGGCAUGCGCAGACUCGGGAGGAACGGUUGCCAGAGUUGGAGCAGCGGAAGAAGGGGCCCUGAGGCUGGGACUGGCUGGGCACAUGGCCAGCUGGACUGUCCAACAUGGCCAGGCAGGGAUGGUGGCCUUUUGGGGCUAGAGACCUUGGCCUGUCUGUGUACUCUGGUGGUCAGUAAUUGAAGCUGAGUCUUGACCUCCUGCUGCAGUGGUGGCUGUGGCUGGUCUUUGUGCAUUGGAAUGAGUAGUCGUAAGUUCUGGGCCCAUACCAUAUCAGUUCAUUCCAAUGUGUGAAAGGCAUGUAGCAGCCUCCUUUUUGCCAGCAGGGUCUCUUGCCUCACUGGUGGCCAAGACUUGACUUGAACAAGUUCUCCUAUGCCAUGGGGUCACCAAGAGACCCAUCUCCAGGAAUCGGUAGCCUCAGUGUCUGCCACAACAGCACUACUAAGCUGCCCGGUUGAAAGGGAAAGUCUCCCAGGCCUGGAAUGCAAGCUGUACUACCCAUCCUGGAAGAGGUGACCACGAUGACAGUUUGCACUUGCAGACCACUCUGCACUGGUCCUGUACUCAGAGGGACCUGUGACUUGCCACCGCUGUAUCACUGACUUGCUCUGCGGCUGGGACACUGGAGCCCCCUCCCCUUCUCCUACAGUGUCUCUCUAGAGCAAGGCUCUGUACCUUGGGAUGAAGACCAUGGUGGGGACAAGUCUGUUUCCACUUGUCAUCUUGUUGGGACCUACUCCAGCAGUCGGGUACAUGGU